UUGGGCCAAGGAUGAUCUUCUGUGGGAACAAGAUAAGGAAAUAGCAACUUAAAGUGGAAGAGGCACUAUCAGCAUUGACAUGUACAUGUGAUUUUAAGCAAGAACCAGGAGAGUGAGAGUUUUAGUGUGCCGUAUUUAGAAUUUGCCGAUAUCUUUUUCCCGUUUCAGCAAGUAUUCCUGAUAGUGGGGAUUCUUCGAGUAAUGCUAGAUAUUGGUUCUAACAACGAGAAGUUACUUAAUGAUCCUCUUUGAUUUAUUGGAGUUGAGGAGUCCCACAAUCUUUAUGUUCUGUUUGUUUCUCCAUCACUUUUUCAAGGCUGUUCAAUUGGAGUUCCAUCUUCAGGUUGACAUGAUUGUCUUGACAGAUGGAAGUCGUAUUCUUGGCCUCGGUGACCUUGGAGUUCAGGGAAUAGGAAUACCUAGAUUGGAGGGAGAAGAGUAUCUAUCAAUUGUUGAUGAUUUUAUGGAAGCCGUGCAUACAUGUUGGCCUAAAGCUAUUGUUCAGUUUGAGGAUUUUCAAAUGAAAUGGCCUUUUGAAACAUUACAACGUUAUCGUAAGAGGUUCUGCAUGUUCAACGAUGACAUACAAUUACUUUAUCAAAAACAAAGAAGAAAAGGAAGGGACCACAAGAAAUCAAUGGUGGAAUCGAUCAGGCAGGGUGUGGAAAAUUACAACUCAGUUUUUGUUUUCACUGUUGAGAACAUGAGAAACCUCAAGUUCAAGGAACUCAGGGAGCAGCUGAAGUCAGCUAGCAGGGUGGUACCUGUUCACCAAGAUCCAAGAGAGCUCGAGGGACUCAGUGAAGGAGCCAAUUUAUUAGAAGUGAGUUUUGUAGGCUGGAGGGAAGUUUUUGAAUUGCCUUCUGAAGGAGUGGGGUUACAAUUUUUGGCGUCCUUUUUUACGGAGCUUCUUUGAGUUUUCUUUCUUUAUUUUGGGAUUUGUUCUUUUUCGGUUCCAUCAUGUCGUCUAAAGUUUUGGACUUGAAGGGUUUGUCUUCAUCUUCCUUCUUCUCCGACGAUUUACGUCAUACAAAUGAGGUUGGAGUUUGGAAGUCAGCUAGUGUGCCAAAUCACCACGUGUGGUGAGGACUUUCAUGUAACUGAAAGAUGUGUUUCUUCAAUGUUUAUGAACAACCAGUAACAUAUCACGUUCUUCAUCAUCUGUGGAAAAAAUUUCAAUAUGUGAGUGCCUGCCAGAGAACUCCUUGGAAAAUCAUGUUUCAUUUCUUGUGAGAGACUAGAAUGCAAGUCUUAUCCUGAAUAGACAUGUUGGAGCUGAAAAAACAUCCAAUUAUUUUUCUCGAAGUAAUGAAGUCAAUACGAUGAAUUCUCAGUAUGAGAGUAGUCUUUUCUCGAGUUCUUUAUCAAAUAUAUUUACUAGGAAGUGUAAGUUUCUUGAUUCCUUCCUUACAUAUUUGUACCUAAUAAGGAUAUGAAUGUAAUCUGGAAUUGAGAGAAGUAUCUGUCUUAUUAUGUUUGAGUCAAAGCAAUGUUACAUAUUUAUAUAGAGAAUAAACUAAACCCUAGAGACUAUGUAAAAUUACAAUAAAGGACAUAUGUAUAUAUAUAUCAUAACACUCCCCCUCAAGCUGGAGCAAAUAUGUCGAUCAUGCCCAGCUUGUUGCACAGAUAGCUUAUCCUUGUUCCAUUUAAAGCUUUAGUUAGAAUAUCUCCCGAUUGUUCUCCGGUCUUCACAUAUCCUGUGGACACCAACCCAUCUUGGAUUUUCUCACGAAUGAAGUGACAAUCCACCUCAAUAUGUUUAGUUCGUUCAUGAAAUACUGGAUUAGAUGCAAUAUGAA